CUCAGCUCACAUGACCGAGAAAGCCCUGCUCCCAUCCUAUCAUUCCCCACAGCCAAUAAGCAAGAAGAAUUUCCUAGCCCCAGGGAAUAGAAGUUCUUCCUAGUUUUGAUCCUUUUUCCAUCUCUCCGCUCCAACCCUUUGUUAUUGUUAUCCCCAAGAAACUUCAGAACACCUGGACGGAACUACUUCUCGCAAAUUUUCCCACUUUGGGGCUCAGUAAUGCCAGGAACGUCUUAGCAGCUGCUCUGGCGUUCUGCCAUAGACUGAUGCUUGGCCCAUACUUGGCUUCAGAGAGGCCCACCUUCAGACUGAGGUCCGGUGAAUCGGAGCACCUGGAAGCUCGCGCCCCGCCUCUCUUUACCCCUCGCGUCUCCUCCCCCUGGAGCCGCUCUCCAGGAGUUCCGCCCGGGCUCACUCGGGCCGCUGGGACCUCGACAUUCUCUUGUGGACUCCCCGCCCUCCAGCUGUCCAAGACACCGGAUUCCUAACCCCUCCGCCUCCUUCUCCGCAUCCCUGGGGAGCGCAGCUCGGGUCUCGGGGGCGCCUGCUUCCCGGAACUGAGCCGCCGACCCCAUGGCAGUGGCUGAGCUGUACACGCAGUACAAUAGGGUUUGGAUACCUGAUGCUGAAGAAGUUUGGAAAUCAGCAGAAAUAGCAAAGGACUAUAAAGUUGGAGAUAAAGUUCAUAUUAUACUAGAAGAUGGAUCUGAACAAGAUUAUUCUGUUGAUCCAGAAACUCUUCCACCAUUACGAAAUCCUGAUAUACUUGUAGGAGAGAAUGACCUUACAGCACUUAGUUAUCUUCAUGAACCUGCCGUCCUCCACAAUCUCAAGAUACGUUUUGCUGAAUCCAAACUUAUUUAUACUACAGUGGUAAGCAUUAUUUUGGUUGCCAUGAACCCUUACAAAGAGUUGCCCAUCUAUGGAAAUGCUAUCAUCCAUGCUUAUAGUGGGCAGAACAUGGGAGAUAUGGAUCCACAUAUAUUUGCUGUAGCAGAAGAAGCAUAUAAACAAAUGGCCAGAAACAACAAGAAUCAGUCAAUAAUUGUGAGUGGAUCAGGGGCUGGAAAGACAGUGUCAGCCCGAUAUGCUAUGAGAUACUUUGCUACAGUCAGCAAAUCAAGCAGUAAUGCCCAUGUGGAAGAUAAAGUUCUGGCCUCUAAUCCCAUAACUGAGGCUGUUGGAAAUGCCAAGACCACCCGAAAUGAUAACAGCAGUCGGUUUGGAAAAUAUACUGAAAUCAGCUUUGAUAAAAGGAAUCAAAUUAUAGGAGCCAACAUGAGAACUUAUCUUUUGGAGAAAUCCAGAGUUGUCUUUCAAUCAGAAAAUGAACGCAAUUACCACAUUUUUUAUCAGCUUUGUGCCUCAGCGUUGCAGCCUGAAUUUAAACGCCUUAAAUUGGUGAGUGCAGAAGAAUUUAAUUAUACAAGAAUGGGAGGGAAUAUCAUCAUUGAAGGAGUGAAUGACAGAGCAGCCAUGGUAGAGACUCAGAAGACAUUUGCAUUGCUAGGUCUAAAGGAGGAUUUUCAAAUGGAUGUGUUUAGGAUCCUGGCUGCCAUCCUUCAUCUUGGCAAUGUGCAGAUCACAGCUGUGAGCAAUGAGAGGUCCUCAAUCAGUGAAGAUGACAGACAUCUGAACAUAUUUUGUGACCUCCUAGAUGUGGACAGUAGCAGUGUUGCUCAGUGGCUAUGUAACCGCAAAAUCAUCACCACCUCAGAGACUGUGAUAAAACCCAUGACCAGACUUCAGUCUCUCAAUGCCAGGGAUGCCCUGGCCAAAAAGAUCUAUUCGCACCUGUUUGACUUCAUUGUGGAAAGAAUUAACAGAGCAUUGCAGUUUUCGGGCAAAAAACAUAGUUUCAUUGGGGUUUUGGACAUUUAUGGUUUUGAAACCUUUGAUGUGAACAGCUUUGAACAGUUUUGCAUCAAUUAUGCUAAUGAAAAACUGCAGCAACAGUUUAACUUGCAUGUGUUCAAACUUGAGCAAGAAGAAUACAUGAAGGAAGGUAUUCCCUGGACUUUGAUUGACUUUUAUGACAAUCAACCAGUUAUUGAUUUGAUUGAAGACAAAAUGGGCAUUUUGGAGCUACUAGAUGAAGAGUGCUUGUUACCGCAUGGUACAGAUGAAAAUUGGCUUCAAAAACUCUAUAAUAAUUUUGUCAACAAGAAUGCUUUAUUUGAAAAGCCUAGAAUGUCAAACACAUCCUUCAUCAUCCAGCACUUUGCUGAUAAGGUAGAGUAUAAAUGUGAAGGAUUCCUGGAGAAGAACAGAGAUACAGUAUAUGAAGUAUUGGUUGAAAUCCUGAGAACAAGCAAGUUUCCUCUCUGUGCUAGCUUUUUCCAAGAAAACCCAGGUCCUCCUCCCCCCUUCAAUUCUGCUAUCACAGUCAAAUCUGCCAAGCAAGUGCUCAAGCCAAAUAACAAGCAUUUCCGGACAACAGUUGGCAACAAGUUCCGAAGCUCUCUGUAUUUGCUGAUGGAGACACUCAAUGCCACCACACCUCACUAUGUAAGAUGCAUAAAGCCAAAUGAUGAGAAGUUACCAUUUGAGUUUGACUCCAAAAGAAUUGUUCAGCAGCUUCGAGCCUGUGGAGUUUUAGAAACAAUUCGCAUCAGUGCUCAGAGCUAUCCUUCCAGGUGGACGUACAUAGAAUUUUAUAGCCGCUAUGGAGUUCUUAUGUCUCAGCAGGAACUUGCCUUCAGUGAUAAGAAAGAGGUUUGCAAAGUGGUUUUACACAGACUAAUCCAGGACUCUAACCAGUAUCAGUUUGGUAAAACAAAAAUUUUCUUCAGAGCAGGACAGGUGGCCUAUUUAGAAAAACUCCGGUUGGAUAAACUGAGACAAGGGUGUAUUAUGAUACAAAAGCACAUCCGAGGCUGGCUCCAGAGAAAGAAAUUUCUCCGAAAGAGAAAAGCUGCUGUGACAAUACAGCAGUACUUUCGUGGACAGCAAACUGUAAGGAAAGCUAUCUCUGCCACAGCCUUGAAAGAAGCAUGGGCAGCUAUAAUCCUUCAGAAGCACUGUCGAGGUUAUCUGGUCCGUAACCUUUACCAGCUCAUUCGUGUGGCCACUAUAACGAUACAGGCUUAUACCCGAGGAUUCCUAGCAAGGAAGAAAUAUCAAAAGAUGUUGAAAGAGCACAAGGCUGUAAUCCUUCAGAAGUAUGCCCGGGCCUGGCUGGCGAGACGUAGAUUCCAGAGCAUCCGACGAUUUGUUCUAAACAUCCAACUUUCUUAUAGAGUACAACGUUUGCAAAAAAAGCUAGAAGACCAAAACAAAGAAAAUCAUGGUUUGGUGGAGAAACUAACCAGCUUGGCAGCCACUCGUGCUAACGAUAUGGAGAAGAUUCAGAAGCUUGAAUCAGAGCUGGAAAAAUUAGCCAUCCAAAAGCGAACGUGUGAAGAGAAAGGAAAGAAGCAUAAGGAAGUUAUGGAGGAGAAAUUGGCAAAGCUUCAGAUGUACAACAAAGAACUAGAAGUAGAAAAGGAGAAGAUAGAAAAUAAGCUUCAAGAAAAGACUGAGGAGAUGAAAGAUAAAAUGGAAGACCUCACAAAGCAGCUUUUGGAUGAUGUGCAAAAAGAAGAAAGACAAAGAAUACUCCUUGAGAAAAGUUUUGAGCUAAAAGAACAAGACUACGACAAACAGAUUCACUCUUUGAAGAGAGAAAUUAAGACUCUGAAAGAAGAUAAAUUGCAACUCCAGCAUCAAAUGGAGGAAGAAAAAAUCAUUUCCAACAGCUUGAAGGGAGAGGUGGCCCAGCUGACCAAGCAGACAAAGACAAUCUCGGAGUUCCAGAAGGAGAUAGAGCUACUUCAGACGCAGAAGAUAAAUGUGGAGAAACACGUCCAGUCACAAAAACGAGAAAUGAGAGAAAAAAUGUCCGAAAUUACCAAACAACUUCUUGAAAGCUAUGACAUUGAAGAUGUAAGAAGCAGACUUUCUGUGGAAGAUUUGGAACAUUUAAAUGAAGAUGGAGAACUUUGGUUUGCAUAUGAAGGCCUAAAGAAAGCAACAAGAGUGUUGGAGAGCCAUUUCCAGUCUCAGAAGGAGAACUAUGAAAAGGAGAUCGAAGCAUUGAACUUUAAAGUGGAGCACCUUAGUCAAGAAAUCAACCAUUUACAAAAAUUGUUUAGGGAAGAAAAUGACAUCAAUGACAGUAUCCGUCAUGAAGUUACCAGACUGACAUCUGAAAACAUGAUGAUUCCAGACUUUAAACAGCAGAUUUCAGAACUUGAGAAGCAGAAACAGGAUCUUGAAAUCCGUCUAACGGAACAUACUGAAAAAAUGAGAGGAAAAAUAGAAGAACUAUCUAGUCAGUUACAUAGCAGUCUGGAAGAGGAAGGAACACAAAGGAGAACCAUGGAAGUCCAGAAUGAAAUACACACCAAAGAAAAAGAAAAGUUGAUCAGUACCAUUCAGGAAAUGCAAGAAGCCAGUGAUAACUUGAAGAAAAAAUAUGAAACAGAAAGUGAAAUCAAGAGCAGUCUCAAGCAGGAAGCAUCUCGUCUCAAUAUGGAAAAUAGGGAUCUUGAGGAAGAGUUAGACAUGAAGGAUAGAAUGAUUAAAAAGCUGCAAGAUCAAAUCAAGACUCUAACCAAGACAAAUGAGAAAGCCAAUAAGGUACAUGCUUCUUCAGAACCCAAAGAGUACAUCGGAAUGAUGGAGUAUAAGAAGGAAGAUGAAGCCAAGCUGGUGCAAAACCUCAUUCUUGACCUAAAGCCACGUGGUGUGGUUGUGAAUAUGAUUCCAGGCCUACCAGCUCAUAUCCUAUUCAUGUGUGUACGUUAUGCAGACUCCCUAAAUGAUGUCAGUAUGCUGAAGUCCUUCAUGAAUAUCACCAUUAAUAGCAUCAAGCAGGUCAUUAAGGAACAUUAUGAAGAUUUUGAGAUGCUGUCCUUUUGGCUUUCCAAUACAUGCCACUUCCUUAACUGCCUGAAACAAUACAGUGGAGAAGAGGAAUUUAUGAAGUAUAACACUCCACGACAAAAUAAGAAUUGUUUGAUGAAUUUUGACCUUUCAGAGUAUAGACAGAUUCUCAGUGAUGUGGCAAUACGGAUAUAUCAUCAAUUCAUUAUUGUAAUGGAGAAUAAUCUUCAACCGAUGAUAGUACCAGGAAUGUUGGAAUAUGAAAGCCUUCAGGGAAUUUCUGGCUUAAAACCAACAGGAUUCCGUAAGCGGUCCUCCAGCAUUGAUGACACAGAUGCUUACACCAUGACCUCCAUCCUGCAGCAGCUCAGCUAUUUUUAUACUACCAUGUGUCAGAAUGGGCUGGACCAAGAGCUUCUAAAGCAGGCUGUAAAGCAGCUUUUCUUUCUGAUAGGAGCUGUCACCUUGAAUAGUCUCUUCCUUCGCAAGGACAUGUGCUCUUGUAGGAAAGGAAUGCAGAUAAGGUGCAACAUCAGCUACUUAGAAGAAUGGCUUAAAGAUAAGAGUUUGCAGAACAGCACAGCUAAGGAAACUCUGGAACCCCUUUCUCAGGCUGCCUGGUUGCUCCAGGUCAAAAAGAUCACAGACACUGAUGCCAAAGAAAUAUAUGAUCGCUGUACCUCACUGUCUGCUGUACAGAUCAUAAAGAUCCUUAAUUCAUACACACCUAUAGAUGACUUCGAGAAAAGAGUGACUCCAUCCUUUGUCCGCAAAGUACAGGCUCUACUAAAUAGCCGGGAGGACACAGGCCAGCUGAUGUUGGAUACCAAAUAUCUCUUUCAAGUCACAUUUCCCUUUAUCCCUUCUCCACAUGCUCUGGAAAUGAUAGAGAUCCCCAGCAGUUUCAAACUGGGCUUUCUCACAAGGUUAUGAAAGGAGAAAGAAAUGGAACUUUUUUUCCCUCAAAAGUUAAGUGAAGUUUAAACAUUUGAAGAUCACUUUAUCAAUUGAUAUUGGUAUACUUUGGAAUGCAAUUUGAAAAAUAGAACAGGGUCUCCCCAAACUGAUACCAUUUCAUCAUAUUUUUUGUUAGCAAAGCCUUCUUUCACUGAAUUGUUGACUCUAUACCACAUUUCUCCCAGACCUGUCAACUGUGGCUGAUACAUUUGGAAUCCUUGCCUGUCUUUACUGGAAUUUCUAGGACAUUUGCUUCUUAUUUCAUUUUCCUUCUGGAUCAAAAUUAAGACAGAUACAGCUCUAUAAUGUAGGAAGAGAAAUCUUUGAGUCUACCAAGUUUUCUCAGAUUACUGAAUUGAAAGUCAAAGUUCUAGAAGUUGCUUCCAUGGAAGACAGAAACACUAGGAACUUAGGUUGAGAAUAAUAGGCUCUGUUACUAUGACUCCUUCUACUACCCAAUUCUUGUCCCUAUAUUUACUGUAGUAGUAAUGGUAGCAGUAGUAGUAGUAGUACAAGGAGGAGGAGCAGGAGAAUGAGGAGGAAUAAAAUACAGUGAAUCUGCCAUUAAAAUAGCAUUUUUUGAGUCUUGAUUUAAAUACAAAGAAAUCAGAUAUAGUGAUUACUAUGUACAUGUUUCUAUUUCUGGUUGUAUCAUUAAGUUGAGACAAUCUCAAUUUACCAUUGUUUCAUGUAAGACAAUUAUUUCUUUAAAUUAGAUCAAUUUUAAUUUGUGCUCUUGCCACUUUUUUCCAUUAAAAUAUAUUCCCUUUUAAAUAAACCCAAGGUUUUGAACUAAAACAGGCAACAUGAAUUUUUUGUGUUAGCUAAAUAUACUUUAAAGUAUUUAUUUUAAUGAAGGACUUUAUGAAGAGAAUAACUGAAAAUCAAUCUGCUCCAUUCAUCCCUCUGCUGGAGGGAUAACAAAUUUUCCCAAUGAGGUGGGAACUUGGACUUUCCCCCUUCCUUUCCAACCUUCUUUCCCCAUAGUAAGCAAAGCAUCAUAGCUGGUGACCUCUGACUUUGCCUCUACUUUGCCACUCUAAGGACUCAGGUUUGGGUCAUUCUUCAUUCAUUGUUCUUUUAGAUUUGUAGAUGAAAAAUCAUGAUUUUAUGUCCUAAAUGUAUAUUUUACAUUUCCCUGUGUUGUCUUUGGGAAUCUAGACUGAAUGUGGCUAUGCCACAGUAUAGCUCCAUUAAAAAGGAAUAAUCGGUGUUAUUUUAUAAACAAAUUUAUCUCAGCUAAUUUAAAUAUUGUACAUGAAAGAAUGAAAACUAUAACUGUUAGACUUUGGUCAAUAAAAUAUUUUGCCAAA